AUGUCGACUAACUGUGCUGGUUGUAAUGAAAUACUUCAUAAACGGGAACAUCUAACCUGUAAAUACUGCAAAAAAACAUACGAUUUAGAUUGCGCAAAUGUAACCCCACAACGCUUCUAUAACAUAAUGUCGGCAGAAACAAAGGCCGCAUGGAAAUGUCAAGCUUGCUAUUGUAAGCAACCUAAGAAAAAUAACACAAACAAGCCAAUACGCCCUCGCGAAAAAUCUCCUGUAGUAAAUAUCUCCCAAAUUGAUAGAGACAACAUUACAUUAAGAAGAUCCCCAAAUAAUAUGCACAAUGACACUAGUGAUUCGGUGGAUAUUGAGCUAUUAGGUGAUACUGUUAUUACUCAGACCUCCCCAAACCUAAAUGCAAAAUCUGAUGAAAUUUUACUGCAAACUCUAAGUGUAAUAAUACAACAAAAGUUAAAAGAAAAUAAUAGAUCACUAAUAAAUGAGCUGCAAAGUACAAUUCACUCAGAAAUUAAUAAAGCCAUUAUAUCAUUAAAAGAAGAUAUUCAGCAAAAAACAGAAAUUCUAAGUUUUCAAAAUAAACAAAGAAAAGACGAGAUUUGCCAACUGAACUUAAAAAUAGAGUCAAUUACAAAAGAAAAUGGAAAACUAAGAGAAGACAUAAAACAACUAAGUAAAAAGAUUGAGAACAAAUUUAGAAUACCUGAAAUAAACUCAAAAAAAAAAUAG